CAAGCGAGAAAGUGCUGCGAUCUAUCGAUGGACUGUUUUAGCAUGUGGGCGAAAGAUGUGUUGCCAGGAUUCUGUACGUGAUACGGUAGUUGAUUUGUAACGAAACGUGAAGUGUAUUUUUUUUAGUAAUGUUUGUUAUUGUCAUAAAAAUAUUGAAGUGCUGUCGUCAAUGCUGCCGUACUUCUGUUUCGUGUCGUUGAUUGCUUGACUUCGGAAGUUGGUAACUAGGUUCCCAUCUGACAGUUUGUCAAAUAAACAUUGGAAACUUAUUGCUUAUGGCUUGAAUUUAUUUCAUAGAAUCAUAUGGCUCGCAUCUUUCAUCACGAUGAGAAGUUCGCCCGGUAUAUUAGUUCAUGUCACUAAACUGAUCAACCUUUCUGUGUAGUAACAAAUUUUGGUAGGCGGCACCUGUCAAUUGGAGUUUACGAAGGGUACGUGCAUCGGCGGAAUACAGUUUCUGGUUCUCUGUCUGAGAUAGUGUACAUCGCUUUAAUCAUGUAACAAUAGUGAAAUUAUUUGAAGACCACCAAGUGACCUACUUAUCUACUUUCGGGUACGUAAGAUUUGUGGUAUAUUCAGAAUUUCAGGAACUGAAAUGAACAUAGGGUGAUAGCGUACAGAUGUUGAAUACCGGGAUGGUGUGUGGCGCGGAUAUCUCCAUUUAUGCGGGAUGAGUGAAGAGGAGCUGCUGCAAAGAGCGGCGGAAGAGAGGGCCAGUAUUGUGAGCCGUUACAAAAAGGGCCGAGAAAAUGGAGCACAGAUUGACCCCUGGGAGGAUCCAGCCUUCGAAAUUUAUCAUGUUACCGAUCGACAUGGAUUUAUACAUGACAAACGCCUGCCAGCAAAAGCCGGUCCAAAUGAAGCACGUCAAAUUCAAAUUGAAAUGGAACGAGUCAAAAAGUGGCUUAAGAUGAUAAAUUCGUGGGAAACAGCAGUCACAACUGAAAAGAUGAGAAGGCGCCUUUUCAAAGGCAUACCAAAUUCUCUUCGCGGACAAGUGUGGGCAUUGUUGCUUAAUGUGAAGGCCAUCAAAGAAGAAAAUAAAGGGAAAUAUCAGGACAUGCUAGAGCUAGCAUAUCGUUGGUCCCCUGAUAUUCGACAAAUAGACCUUGACGUCAAUAGGACAUACCGUGACCAUAUCAUGUUCCGUGAGCGUUAUGGCCUACAGCAGCAAGCACUUUUUAAUGUUCUUUCUGCAUAUAGUGUUUACAAUUUGGAUAUUGGCUAUUGUCAGGGUAUGUCACAAAUUGCUGCUCUCCUCCUCAUGUACCUAAGUGAAGAAGAUGCAUUUUGGGCACUUUCCAUUUUAAUUGCUGAUAAGAAGUAUGCUAUGCAUGGUUUCUUUAUUCCUGGAUUUCCGAAGUUGCUACGCUACCAAGAACACCAUGACAAAAUAAUGAAUAAAUUUCUGCCAAAGUUGAAGAAGCACCUUGAUAAAAAUGGUGUCGACACAGGCAUUUAUACACUGAAGUGGUUUUUCCAAUGUUUUUUGGAUAGGGUUCCAUUCACAUUGACGUUACGAAUAUGGGAUGUUUAUUUGUUUAUCGGUGAACGUGUUAUCACUGCAAUGGCCUUAAAUUUACUUCGCAUGCAUCGGCGCACACUCAAUAAUCUUGGCAUGGAUGAAAUUCUCCAGUUUCUGCAGGUUAAACUGGAGCAUGACUUUGGUUUUGAGGAUGAUGUAGUGAUGGUGAACCUGGAACAGUCAAUGGCAGAACUGAAACGUCAUAAACUGGAUUAUGCAGGAUCACCCCCACCACAUGAACUUCCAAAGCGACCAUUUGGACAAUUCUCUGAACCAACAUUUGAAAGAAAAGUGGGUCGGCGGAGCCAUGAAUUUAGUGCAAUUGAGAAAGCAACCAAAGAAAGUGUUGUUUUGCGAAGAGAUGCAGCAGUAGCUGAACACAAUUCUACCAACUCAAAUAGCAACAAUAGAAAUUCAAGAGUGUCAGUUGGUGAUGGUCUGAGUGGAUCAAAAUUUUCCUUUGACCCCAGUAUAGAUGAUGCCAGCUCUUUGUUAGACUGCCAUCACAGUGGGUCACGCCGCUCUCUUGCCGACACAAGUGUUACAUCCACUGCUGAUCUCUCAGUGUUCUCUACAACAACGCGAUCACAGGCACUGGAUAACAGUCUAGACACUCACAGCAAUGCAUCGGAAGGUAGUGCAGGGGGUGCAAGCUCUGGAGGAUCUGCCAGUGUUCAGAGAGGUCCUUCAGCUUCAGCCAGAUCGACACCUCGCGCCACGCCAAGAGCUCCCAGUCCAGAUGUAGUCCGUAUAUAUGUGCCGUAUGCGUCGUCGUCACCCACUCCUGCUGGGUCACCCCAACCACAGAAUGGUGAUGUACCACGAUCAUUGCCACGACCUCUGGAUGAUCACAACAGAAUUCGCAUACGUGUUGACCCACAGGAGGAGCAAACACCAGUAGUAGAACAUGGGCAGUUAGUUCGACCAUUCCGACUUGAUAGCCCAGAAUUUGACUUAAAGUAAUUGUUGAAACUAAGGCCUACCAAUAUCUGGCAUGUGUGUAAGACAGAAUACUCAGUAACCUUACAGAGCACGAAUAAUGCCCGCUGUUACAUUAUUUCUAUCAUAAGUGGUACAUGCCAGAAUUAUUGCAAAAGUGUAAUAGUGAGUCUACCAAAUUUCUUUGUUCUUAAAAGCACUCUCUUUUCAUACAACAGUAAUGUUGUUUGACAUUUAAAGCAGUUGAAAUAAUGCCAGAUAUAAGACAGAAUGUCAUAUUUUGUCCAUUGUUAAAAAGAAAACAAAUCUGCUAUAUGUAUAUGUGAAACAAAAUUCUUUGUGAUUGUUGUCUGAAGGUAACUCAAAGUUUAAGGGAAUGAACUUUUAGCUGUUAAAUCAUGUGUUGAGAUUUAUAGUGUCUCCUGAAAAUGGCAGUCAGUUCCUCUGCUGUUCAAAAUGUAAGUGGCAGUGUUAGUCUGUUUCCUUAAUAUAGGUUUCAACGUUAUUUUGAAAUGACCAUUAUGACAAUAUAAAGACAUCAUUGCUCCAUUCCAGCUUUGUGUAUAAUUAUGUUGUAUAUAUCUGUUUCUACUUUAAAAAAUGUGUAAUAUUCUGUACAAAAGCAGUUACUAUUAUUUAGUCUGAAUAGUAUUUUUGAAAUUUGAGUUUGUACCUUGUGUGUUUCAUGCAUGCACUCAUCCCUUUUUUUCAUAUGAGGGGUAGGUCAUUUCUUCCACAGACUUAAAGAGUGUGUAAAUCAUUUGCCUAUAGUGCAGGUAACUGAAAUAUAUUUUUUUAAGAUCAUUGCAUUCAUUUGUUUAGGAGAGCAUUUGAUAGUAAAUAUUCACAAAUUGUGCCAUUGAAUGUCGAGUUGAAGACAUUAAGAUUGUUUGCAAUAAUUUAUGAAAUGAUAUUAAUUUAUUGAGAAAUCUAAUAUAAGAUAACUGUUACAUGACCUGUUUAGAAUUUUUAGGGCCUUGCAUACAGAGGUGCUAGGUGAAUUUCAUUGACAUUAUACCCUUACUUGGUAAUAAAGCAAAUUCCUCUUGGUGCCUCGUUAAUAAUCAGUAUGAUGUUACUUGUGCAAUACUGUACAUAUUACACAUAUGGAUCUAUUUUUAUGCAGCUAAACCAUAAAGAAUUAUACCUGUAUUUCAAAAAGGUGCAUCUUAGAAAAUAAAAGCCUCGAAUUAAAUCUUCUGUACAUACUAGGCUUCAUCUCAUAGGUCUUCCUGAAAGUCAUUCAGAGAGUCUCUUAACAGAUAUGUCAUUAUUACACCAUGUUUGAUCAGAGAAUAAAGUCUUGCCAUUGGAAUAGCAAACUAGCUAUACAAAAUUGUCCAUUCACAUAUAAUAGGGCUCAUUAUUUAUGUUACUAUCCUCUCCUCCUAAUUUAAAGUGUAUUUGUAAUCCUCAUGAUGUUUUGUACAAACUUUUGUAUAUACUGUACAGUUAUUUAUUUAUUUUGUUAUUUUGUGUU